CGUCUUGGAGCAUGCGCAAAUAAACGUGGCGGGACGUAAGUGUCAUGGCGAGCUCCAUCUAAAGUGUUUCCCGUAUCCGCAGAACGGCGUGUGGAUCCUCUCUUUGGACCGGUACUUCUCUUUCCAGAGGAUUUGAGACUGAUUGCAGAUAAUCAAGAAAAGAUGCCUUCUGCCUCCUGUGAUUCUCUCCUGGACGACAUAGAAGAUAUUGUGUCACAGGAAGAUUUAAAGCCACAAGAUAGGCAUUUUUCACGGAAGCAUGUUGUUCCAAAGGUGCGAAAGCGAAACACCCAAAAAUAUUUGCAAGAUGAAAACAGCCCACCAAGCAAUAGCACUAUUCCAGGCAUACAGAAAAUUUGGAUGCGAACAUGGGGUUGUUCUCAUAAUAAUUCGGAUGGAGAAUAUAUGGCUGGACAACUAGCUGCUUAUGGAUAUGAAAUUACAGAAAAUGCAUCAGACGCAGAUCUAUGGCUCCUGAAUAGUUGUACUGUAAAAAACCCAGCUGAAGACCACUUUAGAAACUCCAUAAAAAAAGCUCAAGAGGAGAACAAGAAAAUUGUGCUAGCUGGAUGUGUUCCUCAAGCCCAGCCUCGGCAGGACUACCUUAAAGGACUGAGUAUCAUCGGGGUUCAACAGAUAGAUCGAGUGGUAGAGGUUGUGGAGGAAACCAUUAAAGGUCAUUCUGUGAGACUCCUGGGUCAGAAAAAGAAUAACGGAAAGCGGUUGGGUGGAGCGCCAUUGGAUUUGCCAAAGAUCAGGAAGAAUCCACUGAUAGAAAUCAUUUCCAUCAAUACUGGGUGUCUCAAUGCUUGUACCUACUGCAAAACUAAACAUGCCAGAGGGAAUUUGGCGAGUUAUCCAAUUGAUGAACUAGUCGAUAGAGCCAAACAGUCUUUUCAAGAGGGCGUCUGUGAGAUAUGGUUGACCAGUGAAGACACGGGGGCUUAUGGCAGAGACAUUGGCACCAAUCUCCCCGCACUGCUGUGGAAACUGGUCGAAGUGAUCCCUCGGGGAGCAAUGCUGAGGCUUGGCAUGACGAAUCCCCCCUAUAUUUUAGAGCAUCUGGAGGAAAUGGCAAAAAUCCUUAAUCAUCCCAGAGUCUAUGCUUUUCUGCACAUACCGGUCCAGUCUGCCUCUGACUCUGUACUCACGGAAAUGAGAAGAGAAUACUGCGUGGCCGACUUCAAAAGAGUGGUGGAUUUUCUGAAAGAGAAAGUUCCUGGAAUAACUCUUGCCACAGAUAUUAUCUGUGGUUUUCCUGGAGAAACAGACCAAGAUUUUCAAGAAACAGUGAAACUCGUUGAAGAGUACAAAUUCCCAAGCCUCUUUAUUAACCAGUUCUACCCAAGACCAGGGACUCCUGCUGCAAAAAUGGCACAAAUUCCAGCACAAGUGAAAAAGCAAAGGACAAAAGAUCUCUCUCGGGUGUUCCAUUCUUACAAUCCGUAUGAUCACAAGGUAAGAGAAGCAUGUUAUUCGUGUAUUGGCUAGAUGUCUUUCUGAACAUAGAGCAGAAGUCUCACUAGUACAUAGCGAUUCUGAAGUACAUUUUCCGGUUAUGUUUACAUUUCCAUUUUAAUUUGUCAACUCUUUAUCUCUUCUAAAGAAAUCAGAAAAUCUUUAUUUCCGAACUAAUGUCAUUCUAUUUUAUUCACAUUAAAAUGCAGUUGCAUAUUGUCACUGAAAUCUCAAAGUCGAUGGAAAGACAGAUCUGGGGGCAUUAUUUAUUUGGUUGGGGGUUUUUUUCCCCCUUCCAAACACUAAAGUGAUGCACUUGACUUUUGAAUUGGUAAAGAUCGUUGAAAUAGGAACUGCCGACUGUUGGUUUUCCAUUGCUCCUGGUAGAAAGUUAUUUCUUUCUAAAUAAAAUCCCCAACAAUGAGCAGUAUAUCGCAUAAUAUCUGAAAUACCCACUGCCAAAAGUUUUGCCUUCUAGAAGACCAAAUAGCAUCACAACUCUUCCGUGUUUGUGCCCCAGCUUUAUAGACUCAUGGCCAGUCUUGCUUCAUUUAUAUCCCAUGUUCUGCGCUCCCCAUAUUUGAAGAAUUCCCGAAUAUCUUUACUUAUAAGCAUUUCACCAUAUAAUGGUAAAAGAUAAGGGCUCUUUAAAACACACACACACACACACACACACACACACACACACACACACUUAACUGUUUCUGAGGAAAAUGCUCCACACCACAUCAUCACAGGGAAAUAUAUUACAAGAUUUCCGAGACUUGUGCACAACUUCUAUUUCAUGUAAGGUUCCAGUAAAUCUGUUAAUUCGAGGUGAUUUCAGAAGCGAACAAAAAAUUUGCACAGUUGAAAUGCUAAUAUAAACUUAAAUCCUUAUCUAUGAAUUUACAAGGAGACAUGUGGUGGGGAUUUUUUAACUAGCCAAAAUAAGUAGUGUGAAAACUAUUUUCCUCAGUUGAGAAUACGGGAGAUGCCUGGAUUCAGGAGGAAAAAAUUGUGCCAGUUGUUCAUAGAAGUUGAAAGAUUUUCAGUAGCUUCUGGUGUUUCUAUAGUGACCAGUUGACUUUAAGCACCAACAGUUUGCGAACGAGGUGUUUCUGCUUCAUGUGACCAUGGCAAUAUACGGUACUAAAAAUUAUAUCAUUUCAAAUUACAUUUUUCAAGUUAAACCAGUCGCUUUGCAGAAUGUGGCAAUUUGUUUGAAAGACAUGGAGAGAGCUGGGAGUGCCUGACAAAGGGGAGAGAAGGUGCAGGCUGAUAAGUAAUACACCAGCAAAGGGAACGAGAUUCCUGAUGGGAAAGCUGCAUUUUUUUUU